AUGCCAUUUGCUUCGUCGGUCAAGUACACCACUGAGAAAACGGUCGGCAAAUCACACAAACAGUUGGACGAAGCACGCUAUGAACAGGAAGAGUAUCGCAUGGCUCUCAAAGUACAUUCUUUGUCGUUGUCUAACCCUAAGACGGCCGCAAAGAAACUGGCAGAGCUUGCUGUGAUCCAGGACGAAAGAGACGCCCUGCCACGUACGACGAACUUCAACCGCCCUGAGAGUUCCAACGAUGAGGGAUCUAGUGGAAGUGGGGAUGUUAGGGCGACGAAAGCAGCCGCAGCGAAGCUAGAAGAGAUUAAGGAGCGCUUUAGAACAAAUCCCGACCGCAGAAUGGACAAGAGCUACGGAAAGAACCCUAAACUUAUAACACAAGACAAACUCUUCUCAGCAGCCUCAUCCUGGUCAGAGCUUCCCUAUCACCCAGAAACCGCUGCUCAGUCUCUUGUGCGCACGCAGAGAUCAAACUUCAUGAAACUCGUUUUCGCGACCGACGAAAACGAAACCGGCGAUCCAGAUCCUAACGAAAAACAAGAUAGAGGGCAUUCUACCUGUGCCGCCUACGAAUUCACGGCUAGUAAACAAGGUAGUUUGUCGAAAACUCAGAUGAAGCUGGACUACAUGUGCUUAGCGACGUAUGAGGCACAGCUGGGGAACCUAGUCCCGGGAAUUCACUUCCCUCACAAGAACGUCG